AUGGACAGUUUUAAGUGCGAAAACGGAGGAAUCAGGAUUUACAGCAAGGAAAAUGGAUUAUCGUGUUGGUGCACUCCAGACUACGUCGGCGAACACUGCCUCCAUCAAAGUGCUGUGGAAAGAUUAGAGAACGUGUUCCCUAGUGAAAACAACGGUGGAUACGGUCCCAGAAUAUUGUCUCCAGCAUGUCCACUGGAAUGCUGUGCGAAUGACAAAACUUUACCGCCGGUGAAAACUCUGUACAACAAAAUCCUCAAACCGAAACCCGGUCAGUUCAUACCGGAUCGGAAGAACAGAAAUUUACUGUUGGACGCGUUCUACCAAUAUUUCGUUAUGCAAUUUUCCGACCCAAAUUCCAACUUGACGGUAACGGCUUCCCAAUUGUACGGCAGUGGAGCUGCGUCGGAGAGAUCUAGGAGAUCGUUGUCCGGUGGUAAGCUAAAGACACGGAAAUUUGAUUACAAACAUUUUGCAACGAACCAUGCAUUCGCACCAUAUUCCGACGUAUACUUAAAGGCAUUGACAAAAGGCAUUUCGAACGACAGGUCGUUGUUCAGCAGAAUGUUCGGCCAGCAAUUCAAACGGGAAGAGAUGUUGAGCUCGAGCACAAUGCUUUACGUACUGUCAAUACUCUGGGCUCGUGAACACAACCGAGUGUGCGACGAGUUAUCACGGAAGUGGCCGUGUUGGACACAUGAACAGCUGUAUAAAAAGGCCAGGAAGAUUGUAACCGGUCAAAUGAUGAACAUUAUGAUGAACGAAAUCCUAAAUGUGGAACUCAGACCGGAAGUGUCCCACCAUCGAAUGGAAAACAUCCAUAGUUCCGGCAAUCCUAUUGAAGUGUACUUGACGAUGGCUGUAUCAAAUAUGCCGGAAAAAUUGCAAUACAGUUCAACGAAUUUGAAGUUCUACAAUAACACCAGUGAAGAUUCGGAAGCUGAUUUAAAAGACUCCCUGCAAUUAAUGAUGAGUUCAAAGAUGAGCAUAGUCACGGCCCACGAUGACGGCCCCUUGACUGGAAAGUUUACCAAAGCACUUAUGAAACUAUCGAGGGAACAAUGUUUGCAGAGUUUCAAUAACUAUAGAAGACGGUUAGGGCUGCGUGCUUACAACAGCUUUUUCGAUCUCACCGGAAACAUCGAAACCGCAACCGAAUUGGAAAAAUUGUACAGUACCGUGGAGAAGGUGGAGUUUUUAACCGGCGUGUUGACGGAAAAGUCCAGUUCCGGAGUUCUACCCACGGCCAAAGUCCUGUCUAACAGUUUUAUCGUAAACGCAAUACUGGGAAAUCGUCUCAUAACCAAACACUUGUGGGCACCGGACACGUUCGGUGGAGUCGAAUUUUUUAACUUGGUGAAGUCGACCAGUUUAGAGACAUUGAUAUGUCGAAACGUAGAUAAUUGCGACCAGUUAAAAGAUCAUCGGUCUGUGAAAUAA